CGGGAGCACCAACAUAACGAAUCGGUUCAGUUUGCUCUUGCGCGGUGAACGCGCGUUACGUGUAUUUUGUGCACACAAAUCUAACAUAUUAAUACUGAGGUAGAGGAACAAUAAAGCACCAACAUGGGGGCGAUGUUCCGGAGCGAAGAGAUGGCGCUAUGCCAACUCUUCAUACAGCCAGAGGCGGCGUACACCUCCGUAUCGGAAUUAGGAGAGGCAGGCACUGUGCAGUUCAGAGAUUUGAACCCCGACGUUAACGCAUUCCAACGUAAGUUCGUUAACGAGGUACGUCGUUGCGAUGAGAUGGAGAGGAAACUGCGGUACAUCGAGGCGGAGGUGCACAAGGACGGCGUGGAUGUGCCCGACGUCAAGGAGCCCCCGCGCGCUCCUAACCCAAGGGAGAUCAUCGACCUUGAGGCUCACUUGGAAAAGACGGAGAACGAAAUCCUGGAGCUGUCGCACAAUGCGGUGAACCUGAAGCAGAAUUAUUUGGAGCUGACCGAGUUGAAACACGUGCUGGAGAAGACCGAGGCCUUUUUCAUCGCACAGGAGGAAAUCGGAAUGGACUCACUUACAAAGUCGUUGAUAUCGGACGAGGCGGGUGGGCAGCAGGCGGCGACACGCGGGCGGCUGGGGUUCGUGGCGGGCGUGGUGCAGCGCGAGCGCGUGCCUGCGUUCGAGCGCAUGUUGUGGCGCAUCUCACGCGGCAAUGUCUUCCUGCGUCGCGCUGAGCUCGACAAACCUCUCGAGGAUCCUACAUCGGGCAACGAGAUCUACAAGACGGUGUUCGUGGCGUUCUUCCAAGGUGAGCAGCUGAAGUCGCGCAUCAAGAAGGUGUGCACCGGCUUCCACGCCUCGCUGUACCCCUGCCCCCCCUCCAACACAGAGAGACAGGACAUGGUCAAGGGAGUCCGCACCAGGCUCGAGGAUCUUAACAUGGUCCUGAAUCAAACCCGCGACCACAGACAACGCGUGUUGGCGAGCGUAGCCAAGGAGCUGGCGAGCUGGUCCAUCAUGGUGCGCAAGAUGAAGGCCAUCUACCACACCCUGAACCUCUUCAACAUGGACGUCACUAAGAAGUGUCUCAUCGGCGAGUGCUGGGUGCCCACCGCGGACCUGCCCAACGUACAGAAGGCGCUGGCCGACGGAUCUAAUGCAUGCGGCAGUUCUAUCCCAUCGUUCCUGAACUGCAUAGAGACGGACGAGGAGCCGCCGACCUUCAACCGCACCAACCGCUUCACUCGCGGCUUUCAGACUCUCAUCGACUCCUACGGUGUCUCCUCAUACCGCGAGUGCAAUCCUGCACUGUACACAAUAAUUACGUUCCCGUUCUUAUUCGCGGUGAUGUUCGGUGACCUGGGCCAUGGCUGCAUCAUGGCAAUGUUCGGAGCCUGGAUGGUCAUCAAGGAGGUCUCCCUCGCCGCCAAGAAGUCCAACAAUGAAAUCUGGAAUAUCUUCUUCGCCGGUCGUUACAUCAUCUUACUCAUGGGCUGCUUCUCCAUGUACACCGGUUUAGUGUACAACGAUAUAUUCUCCAAGUCCAUGAACAUCUUCGGUUCCACCUGGUUCGUGCCCUACGACAACGACACCCUCGAAAAGAACCCCUCUCUCACUCUCGACCCUAAAGCUUCUUACAUCAAUAGACCCUACUUUAUCGGUAUUGAUCCUAUUUGGCAGUCCGCUGACAACAAGAUCAUCUUCCUGAACUCAUACAAAAUGAAGCUUUCUAUCAUCUUCGGCGUCAUCCACAUGAUCUUCGGUGUCUGCAUGAGUGUCGUCAACUACAAUUUCUUCAAGAGGCGCUACUCCAUCAUCUUAGAGUUCAUUCCGCAAAUCGUAUUCCUGUGCCUGCUCUUCCUCUACAUGGUAUUCAUGAUGUUCUACAAAUGGAUCGCCUACAGCACCUUCGCCACUGAUGAAGCGUACAAGCAGGGCUGCGCACCCUCGGUGCUGAUCCUGUUCAUCAACAUGAUGCUGUUCUCCAGCAACGAGCCAGAGCCGGGCUGCAAGGAGUUCAUGUUCGAAGGUCAGGGCACCUUGCAGCGCGUCUUCGUGCUGGUGGCUCUUUGCUGCAUACCCGUCAUGCUGUUCGGAAAGCCGCUCUACCUGCUCUCAGUCAGCAAGAAGAAGCAAUCCAAGCCUGAGCAUUCAAACGGCAGCGUGAACCAAAGCAUAGAGAUGCAGGAGCAGACGGACAUCAGCGAGGCUGGACAGACGCAGGCGGCCAAGCCAGCACCACACUCGCAUGAGGACGAGCCCUUCAGUGAGAUCAUGAUCCACCAGGCCAUACACACCAUCGAGUACGUCCUCAGCACCAUCUCACACACAGCAUCCUACCUCCGGCUGUGGGCACUCUCCCUCGCUCACGCAGAGUUAUCUGAGGUGCUGUGGGACAUGGUGCUGGCGUUCGGACUGCGAGACCCGACAUACGUGGGCGGCAUCAAACUGUACGUCGCCUUCUGCUUCUGGGCGCUCUUCACCCUCGCCAUCCUCGUCAUGAUGGAGGGUCUCUCCGCCUUCCUGCAUACUUUGCGUCUGCACUGGGUGGAGUUCAUGAGCAAGUUCUUCUCCGGUCUCGGCUACAUCUUCCAGCCGUUCUGCUUCAAGACGAUCCUCGAGAAUAAUGAUGAGGAAUAAAU